CUUGGCGGGGCUGGCCUCCGCAUGAGCAUCUCAGGCAUUCCAUCUAGACUUGGCCUGGCCCCACCUCCCUCAUCCCUCCCUGGCAUGAGGUAUCUGCCUUGCACCUGGUCUGGGUACCACCCGGAAGUCUGUGGGUGGGGAUGGGCAGGGCGCUGCCUCUUUAAGGUGACAUCACAAGGCUGUGGAAGGUGGGGCAGUCGUGGAACUCCAGUCUGGGCUGUUUCUGGGGUGUCGUGGCUCUGGAUUUCCAUCUCCAUGGGGCCACAGGCCCACACGUGAGCAAGAAGUCAUGGCCAUGGCUGAGGGGAACGAGCUGAUGAACAGGCUCAUGAGCGAGAACGCUGACCUGAAGAAGCAGGUGCGGCUCCUCAAGGAGAACCAGAUGCUGAAGCGCCUGCUCAGUGAGAGCUGCCCUGAGAGCUGUGGCCGUGGCAGCCAGGACCUCCUCUUCCCCAAGGCACCCGCCUACCCCGAGGACUGCUCCCCUGGGACUGCAGUUCCAGAUAUUGGAAGGUUCACCAGCAUCCCUGAGGCGCCCUCCCAGCUGCAGACAUCCUCCCUGGACGACCUGCUGUGCUCACACGCCCCCCUCUCCAAUGAGGAUAAUGCUUCUCCAGGCUGUGCAGCCUCGUCCCAGGGGUCCUUCAAGGCUUUCCUCAGCCCCCAGGAACUGCACCCCCCCCGUAGUGCUGACAGGAAGCUGUACCCACUCCUGAACUCCUUGCAGGAUCCACUGGUAGACAAGACACUGCUGGAGCCCAGGGAGAUGGUCCGGCCCAAGAAGGUGUGCUUCUCUGAGAGCAGCCUGCCCUCGGGGGACAGGACCAGGAGGAGCUACUACCUUAAUGAGAUCCACAGCUUCACCAAUGCAGAGAAGGACGGGCGCAUUGUUGGGGAGAUUGCCUUCCAGCUGGACCGGCGCAUCCUGGCCUAUGUCUUCCCUGGGGUAACCCGGCUGUAUGGCUUUACUGUGUCCAACAUCCCUGAGAAGAUCAAGCAGACAUCCACCAAGUCCCUGGAUGGAGCCGUGGACGAGAAGAAGCUUCGGGAGCUGACACACCGCUACCUGGUGCUGAUGGCGCGCCUGGAGAAGCUGGGUUACAACCGCGAUGUGCACCCCGUGUUCAGUGAGUUCCUCAUCAACACCUAUGGCAUCCUGAAGCAGCGGCCUGACCUGCGUGCUAACCCGCUGCACAGCAGCCCGGCCGCCCUGCGCAAGCUGGUCAUCGACAUCGUGCCCCCCAAGUUCCUGGGCGACUCGCUCCUGCUGCUCAACUGCCUGUGCGAGCUCUCCAAGGAGGACAGCAAGCCACUCUUCGCCUGGUGAACCCGCGCCCCAGCACCUGCCACGCCUUUACUGCAAUAAAUGUGUUUGUUCCAAACCCAGGGGCCGACGU